AUGGAACUGUACUCCUGGGGUCGAGGAACGCACGGUCAGUUGGGCAUAAAUCAGAGCAAAAAUUCACCAGUGCCGCAACUAGUGCUGUUGCCACCACGUGUUUUGGUGAAAGAGUGCGCAGCUGGAGAAGUUCACAGUGCCGCGGUUACAUCAGAUGGCGUAGUUAGGGCUACAAUAUUAAUACUUAUAUAAAUGUAUUUAUUAGUACUUUUUCCAGCAUCUUGGUCCCGCUAGUACUUUUGUACUAGGGAAAACGAGAACUACCAAGAAGAGCAUCAAGGUGGAUUUGCGGGCGUUCUAACGUAGUAUACGUCUGGGGAGCCGCAGAGAACGGGGCACUAGGCCUCGGAGCAUCGUGCACAAGUGGGAUAAUAGCGGAGCCUUCGCCGAUAAAGCAGGAUGCGUUUUUCAAUCGACCUGCUGCCAAAGUCAAAUGCGGUUUGGCCCAUACAGCUGUCGUCAAUGACGAAGGCGCCAUGUUCACAUUUGUUAAGGCUACCACUAAUUCUAAUGCUAAUUCAUCUCUUAGAGCGCUCUAUGUCUCAUAAUGGGUAUCCCUAGUUUCUUUGGCAUAAUAUUCAAGGGAAAAAAUACAAGUAGAAGAAUAGAUACUUCUCCACAGGGAUCAUGGAUUGGCAUUUUUACCAUAUUCAGGGGUAGGUACUACUACUAGCUCUAACUUUGGAGCCGGUUGGUUUGGUCGCUUGGGACUCGGCACAGUGGACAACGUCUAUUUUCCUAGACAAGUGGCGUUGCCAAAAAAGGUCAUUGACAUGUCCUUGGCUGCUUACCAUACUCUAGUGAUAGAUGAAAAACGAGAUCUGCACGUGUGGGGGAGAGACAAGUGCGUCUGCGAACCUAUGGACUGUCCCUUGCCCAAGAAAUUCACACAACUUGGAGACAGCACUAAAAUUGUGCAGAUUGCUUGUUAUGGAUGGGAACAACAACAAUUCAGGUCGGGGGUCUCGUUUGUUGAACUAGUACCGGCAAAGACAAUGUCCUCAACAUGAAGUCACCACCUUCAUCUACCCUGCAUCUACUCCUAUUUCAAUCUUGUCGGGAAGGGCAUUCGCUUGCCAUCACAGACGAGGGUGAAGUCUACGUUUGGGGCGAGAACGCGUCGCACCAGCUAGCGCUUCCCAAAUCUCUCGGUCGACCGCAUGUUCAGACUCCAGAGCAAGUUUCAUCUUUCCCGGGUUCUGUGGAGCUUCUGGCUACAGGCCCUUCACAUUCUCUAGCAAUGAUGAAAAACGGCGACGUCUUCGGCUGGGGUGACCAAAGCUGUGGUCGCUUAGGCUUGGCUGCGAUCGCGGAGACGAGAUAUGUAGAUGCCCCUUUGAAAGUGGACCCAGUGUGGUCUAGUUUAGAAGCUAUGACACGGCAAAAUCUUGGCGAUGGUGGUGCGGAGGAGGAGGACAGCGACGAAGCAGCAGAGGAAGCAGGAGGAGGCGACGCCAAGAGCAAGAAAAGCGGCUCACCGAAAGGGAAAGCAAGUACUUAGUAUCUUCACACUAUGUUGAUUGAAUGAAGUAGGUUUAUUGUACAUAUUAAUUAAGGAACGGUUUUUACAGUACUAUUGCGUUUCAUGAAGUCUUCAAAUGAUCUGAUUUUCUAGUUCAUCUCAUCCCACUUCAAAAAUUAGGAUGAUCAACGUCAACUACAUCCCCCAAACAAAAAUCCUGCAUCAGGCGAACAAGAAGCAGAGAAGGACCGCAUGUUUGACAGUCUCAGAGAAGGCGCAGCCGUGAAAGACUUUCCGACCAUUCAGAGUUUGCUCAAACAAGAAGCUGAGAGUGCGAAAAACGCGAAUUUGCUAGCAGCAGAAAGUUCCUUGCGACAAGACUACGAUAUCUUCUUGAAGGACAUUCUAGUGAAUGUAGCCGAAAUGGAAAGGAAACGCAUGGAGAGGCUCACAGAUGUCGACAGCAGUUUCAAGAUUAUGGAGGGGAUGCGUGGAUCCUUGUUUAGACGCUUUUGCUUGUCUUGCUAGAGCAAGGACAUCAGCUUCAAGGUGUGCAACUGAAGCAGGGUGUGCACUUUGCACAAGCAACACUAGUGCAUGUACAUAAGUACUUACGCAAUCUUCAACAACUCUCUGCCAAACUAAAUAAUUCCUUCUACCUCUCCUUUGACCCUCUUCUUCUAACCUUUCUACAGUCCGAAUCAUGCCUCACGUGAAGGCUCCAGAUGUAAAAGCAGCUGGUGGUGCAGAAGGAAAGGGCGCCGCUGGUUUGAGGAAACUCACCGCCCUACUACCACAAUUUGAGGAGCUGGUAUGGUCCCUGCAGCAACAGCCAGCGUACCUUUCGGAGCUGUCAUUGCAUAUACAGAAUUUGGAGGUAUGGGAGUUUUAUCUACCAAAACCAACCAUGUAGUUGUACAGCUCCUGCUACUCUUCCUCGUUCAAUAUAGUACUCUCAAGAAUUGUUAAGCAUCGUGACGAAACACUAUGACGCCGCGCGGCAGUCUGCACUUAUAACUGUGCGAGAUUAAUUGUAUUGUAUUCUACAACGAACUAUCAAACACGAGACGUGAUCUUCUAUCGUCUCCGCCGCCAUCAAUCAGCACAUGACAGCAUGGGUCGUUCCUCCAUCAUUUCGUCCAUCCUCCAUUCAUUCCCCAAAGAGAAAAUUUUCUAUCGAUUCGUUCUGCAAAGCGUGUACCAUGAGUUGGAGGACGUGCGGACGAAACACCUCUUCAUGGCGUUGCUGAAGCUGAUGAUCAAGCAGGAAGUAGUGGCUUGCAAGGACCCAAAUGAUUAUGAUUAGACAGGUUAGGCUUGCAUCAAGGAUCCAACAGAUUAAGUACAAGUACAACCAUUAUCAUCAUCCUCAUCAUCCUCCUCAUCCUCAUCAUCCUCAUCACCAUCCUCAACAUCAUCAUCAUCCUCAUCAUCCUCAUCAUCCUCAUCAUCCUCAUCAUCCUCCUCAUCCUCAUCAUCCUCAUCACCAUCCUCAACAUCAUCAUCAUCCUCAUCAUCCUCAUCAUCCUCAUCAUCAUCAUCAUCAUCAUCAUCAUCAUCAUCCUCAUCAUCCUCAUCAUCCUCAUCAUCCUCAUCAUCCUCAUCAUCCUCAUCCUCCUCAUCCUCCUCAUCCUCCUCAUCCUCAUCCUCAUCCUCAUCCUCAUCAUCAUCAUCAUCAUCAUCAUCAUCAUCAUCAAACAUGUCGAAGAUGCGACUACAGUCGAGCAAGAAGAUGAAACUGAAAUCAAGUAGAUCCAGGAUCAGGUAUAAGUGUCCUCUAUAAUUUCCAGUCUUCCAACCUGACUCUUUUCCUCUAACUUUGAGUCUUCCAACCUGACGGCAGCCGCGUCCUCCAUCUCUUCUCUGAGUUCUCUCUGCAGCCUUACUUCCGAGAAGAUAUCAUCCACAGUGUGAUGGACGUCACCAGAAAAAGCGGCGUCGGUUCCUUAAUGGUGUCUCUUGACAGAGGGGUGAAGGAACUUGGGCAGCAUUUUUUCCUGACAAAAGAGGAAUUUAUGGAAGCGGAGCAAGGCGGGGAACACAAUAAAGACGCUCAGGAACUGACAGUCGAAUUUCACGCGAACAUCGAAAAAUUCCGAGAAUAUCUGCAGAAAGAGUUCCUCAAAUGGCUCUCGGCACAAGAGCUUCCAGCGGAUAUCCAGAAGAUUCUUUUCCACGCUCUUCAAACCAUCAAAGCACGCCGAUUCACAGUGCAGCGUGAUGACAUCACGAUUCCACUCGAAUUGCAGAUUUGUGAGCCCUUGGCGCGUUUGUACGUGCUGGGAAUUCUAGUCCCUGUGAUGGAGAACUUGCAAGAGUACUUAAGGCCAUUGUUCCACAGGUUCCUCUCUACAGAAUGCUUGCAUGGGUGGAAGUCCCCAUGAAUGUACAAGCAAUAACAUGAACAAUGCUCCAUUUCGGAAAUCUACUUCAGAAGCAUGAAGAGCAUCCUGAUUAUGAUUUGAUCGUUGUAAAUGGGAGAUGCCAGGUUCCACCAGGAUCGACGAUGCACUUUAAUUUGUUCGAGAUGGAUUCUUCACUUAGUAGAGUAGGUCUAAACUACGGCGGCAAAAAUCAAGGCCUUGGCAAUCCAGCACAAUUGCAGGUGACACAAGACGCCAGUAUAAAGAACAAUGUGAAGAAACUUGCUAUUUUCCUGCAGAAAACGAUCCACAAAAGUUUCAUAGAGCCAGCUGAGACACUGGUGAGCAAGAUAGGCAGGCAAGUAAAACCAGCGAUAUUGACGUUUUGCAAGGAGCAAGGGACGAAAACGGCUGACGAUACGGACACACUGUUGACAAAAGACGUCUUCGUGAGUCACUACGACUGUGAAGAACAUUACAUCCAGUUGAGCAUGAUGGAUAUGCUGUCCGUGAUCGCCAUGUUGUGGGAACACGAAUCCAAGAUCGGGUUAACCGAGGAAGACUACCUCGUCACCGAACUACUCCCCGUUUUUCAGGAUGUCAUCUCCGACUCAUUUUUGAAACGCAUGAAGCCGCAUGAUUUGACCUACAAUUUUAGAAUGAACAGCAGAUUUCUGCUCACAUUAAGGCUCCUGCCCGUAAUUCAUCUUAUUCUUAUAAGGGGCAUCUUAUUUGCCACGUUUUCAAGGGGAAAAGGCCUCGUCGAAGAUGAGCUUGAAGAUGCAUUUAAGCAAGCUCUAAGCACAAAUCCAUCGAUGGUUUUCUGUAAAACCUCAAAAGCGCCAGUUCCUAGAAGGCUAAGUGCAGAAACACAAGCAGCCGGUGAAGAGGACACGAUCGAGGUGGUAAAAAGUUUGCCUUUUCCAGAAGACCCAAACGAUCCUAGAGCAGUUAAGGCCAUUGAUCCAUCUUCAGAAGCAUCUUGAAGACAUUCACGUGUCCCAGGAGGAUCUUCGAGAUGGAUUUUUAGGGUGAGCUCUAAAGCAGUAUUACAGGAUAUCUUCGAUGCGGUACCUCCGUUGCAGUCGAAUACGUUGAAAGAAAUGAAGUCGGAGUUCGAAGAGUUGAAGAUUAUGGUGGACUUAUUACGCUCACACCAUGAUGAUCAACAUCAACACUGGCAGUGACACGGGGUAUAAGCGGGAGAAAACAAGCUCGAGACUUACUGUUCCAUCGAUUUGACCUGUGUAGGGAUACAUGUUGACUUUGACACAAGUUGUAAGGGAUAAGAAAUUGAAGGUGAUUCCAUAUGAUCCAUCUUAGAUGAUAAUCUAAAUCUUAAUCAAGACACCACCGCCUUCUAAUCUCCAACAAUACACCAAUGCAACGCCGCCUGACUACGAGCUUGCGAGGAAAUUAGAUGUCGGGAUGGGCAAAAUCGAAGAGCUUAUACUAGCAGACACUGGACCUGCUGAUGUGUGUGCGCACAUAGUGGAGCAAAUCGUGAUGCGAGAUCGACAAAGGGCUUAUCUAGAUUAUGUUGGAGGCUUAUUGGACUCGUCUGAGACCGAGUAUUGAGAAUAAGAGUAUCAACUAGAGCUCGUCAUCUUACUGAUACUGUCGAGCUCUAACUAUUAAACGUCGACGCAGGGAGAAGGACGAUUCAAGAAGCGCGAGCGGCGUACUACCAGAAAAUGGAGCGAGCGAUGGUUGAGCUGCAACUCCUGAAGCGAUUUUGUGUAGAUCCGAAGAUGCCGAAACAGAUAACAUUAUGACAUAAUAUGUUACAAUACGAAUACCUUAUUGAUGAAGAUCAUUUUGAUUUGAAGUCAUGUCCAUGCACCUAGACCUCAACUAGGGAGACAUCACGAUUUACUUCCAGGUCGUGGCCGUCGUGCUCAAGAAAUGUUCGACGCUUGAUUUUUUUUCCUCAUUUUAGUUUGAUUCCUGUCGCCCCAAAACUCUAAUCCGCAACGCUUGCUACGAAGCUUCUGGUGCGCGCUUGAAUAUGAAUCAGAUAGCAGCGAAGAUCGCUACGUUGAGGACCGUGGAGCCAGACGCAAUUCCAGAUGGAUGUACUUUCAACGCCCAAAAGACAUUGAAUUUGCAACAAUUGAUAUCGCAAAAGGUCCUCCAGAGCAUCGCAGACCCUGUGGUCGAUACUCUGCCAGAAAAGAGCAAGAAAAAGAAACUCAUGUUCACAUUCUCGUUCAAUCAGGUACAACUACGUUGCAUAAAAUUCUUUGAUUGAAGCUGCAAGUUCAACUUGCUUUUACUUUUAACUCAAACAACUCGAGGUUUUCGAAAUAAAUAGUAAAAAUAUUCUUCACAUGUUGGUUCUCGUUCUUGUUUUUGUACUACUCAACAUUUUUCUUUCUUUAUCUUCUUUUCUUUCUUCCACUUCCUAAUAAAUCCUAUCUACUUGUUGUACGUCAACAUCACCAGGUCGGUGGUCUGGAUAUCGUCGUUGUCUUUAACGAAAGUAAGGCAAAAACCAUCCUCAUUCGGAAGAUCACGGUGCCGCAAGCAAUACUACGAGACCUCAAGAAAAAAGCGGCAGCAGCUGGCGGCGAAAGGCCAACAACGACAUUGGGAGAUGGCUUUUUGACGCUCUAUUUGGAAGCGUUCGACGAAUUACAGAGGAAAAUCGCGCUUAAUUAGUUAGACAAGAACAAGACUAUGAGUAUGACUACUUGUGAAAAAAUGAAUACUUAAUGAUCGUGAAGUAGAUAGCAAUAGCAAUUAUAUCUCAGUCAGAAAGAAUCACGGACGAUUAUUUCGACAUCAGAACACGGGGAAUACGACGACGAGAACAAGUUGAAUUUUACAGCAGAACCAAAACAACAACACUAGUAGCACGAUCACGAAGAGACCACGACUAGAGCGAAGGCAACGCGAAGAUAUUUUUACUAGAGAAAGCAAUCAAAAGCGACAAGUACGUAGUGGUCCGGAAGUUAUAACACGGUCCACGGAGCUGGAGCUCUGUAGUUUGCGAAAUCAGUUGAGUCAGACGAACCACCAAGUGACUAAUCUUUCUGCACACAACAUUCUAUUUUCCUUCACAAUGACGAU